AUGUGCGCAUGUGAAGAAGCGCUUCCAACAGAUUUCGAUGUUGUUGUUGUUGGAACAGGUCUCACGGAAUCUAUGGUGUGUUCUAGCCUGUCGGUCACAGGAAGUACCGUACUUCAUAUCGAUAGACACAAUUUUUACGGCUCUUUUAUGACAACUGUACGGUUUAAUGACAUGUUAAAAUUAGAUGAAUACUGGUUUCCUACUGAUCAAAUCAAUGAGUUAACAGCCGAUCAGGGAUUCAAUCUCGCAGUAUUGAAUAAAUCAUUACUUAAAAACUUUUCAUCGACUUUCUGUUUUUCUAAUAGCAAUGUUGAAGUGGUGGAUGAGAUAUUUCGAGGGAAUGGAGUCCUAUCACCUCAACAGGCGGCUCGUAAAUGGACAAAAAAUGAUCUUAUCCGAGACCUCAAAAGUACAGAUUUUGAUUUGCUUCCUCGAGCAAUUUUCGCUGAGAGCCCAAUUGUAAAUUCACUCAUACGUUCCAGUGUUUGCCGCUAUUUGGAAUUUCUCCCAAUUAAUCGGCUUCUAUUCUUUAAUCCCAACGGUAUAGACGAUCGGGUAUUUGCAAGCACCGAUUCGAAAACCAGUCGAGUUAAUUCCCAUCAACAUCCUGCAGUCCCUUCUUUGUUAUCUUCUCUCCUUGUCAAGGUGCCUGUAUCUCGUGGCGAUGUCUUUCGGACUCGUAUUCUCUCUCUUUCCCAGAAGAGAAUGUUGGUGAGCUUUUUUGAAUGGUGUGUUACUUAUGAACAAGAUCCAUCCUCUCAUGUCGACAUCGAGGAAUCAGAUUAUUUAGACAGACCACUAAUGGAUUACCUUCAAGAAAAACGCGGUCUGGAUGUUUUCGUUUCACGAAUUGUGACCAAUUGCCUCGCCUUCUCUGAGGGCUCGAUAACUCUAAAAGAUGCGCUGCCUCGUUUUAGACGUCUCGUUUCUUCCAUGAAUCGAGUCAGUCCUUUCCCCCUUCUCUGGCCCCGCUUUGGUUGUGGUGAACUGCCACAAUCUUUCUGUAGAAUGUGUGCCGUAUUCUCGGGUAUCUACUGCCUCGGCAGAACACUCACUGCAGUUUAUCCCAACACGACCAACGGCCGGAGACGAUAUCGUGUUCGCCUUUCCACUGGGGAAGAAGUCUCUACUUCAUGUAUCCUAAUUGGUGCUGAACAAGCACCUACUGAGUGGGUGUUCAGCCAGAUCAGUCGGUGGAUUGCACGAGCUAUUCUCGUUACUACGGGAUCCAUUUAUCCGAACGGUCAUAAUUCUAAUGAUAUCACUCUAAUGCCGUUGCAACUGAGUGCGCAGUGUAGGAAUUUCAAUGAACCCGCGUUCCUUCUUGAAACCCCAGCUGACAAUCGAAAUGAAAAUACUUGUCUGUAUCUUGUGCAUUUAACAGCUGUGUGUGAUACUUGCGUUGACGCGUCAGAACUCUUCACAAAUUUAAUUGAUCAGCUCUAUCCUACUGUAUUUUCUAAUCUUGAUUGUCUUGGAGUAGGCGAUGCAGAGUUUCUUAAGCCUCAAAUAUUGUGGAAAUGCUUCUUUACAAUUCCUGAUCUCUCUGAUGUGCCUAGUCACGGACUUGCCAGAGCUUUUAAUCUUGAAGAUGAGGGGUUCAUCGUGGCUCCUGGACCCGACUCUUCAAUAUUCAUUGAUAAAUGUGUUCACAGUGCGAAGACAAUAUUCAAUGAAUUAUUCAACCUUAUUCAUGGAUGCAAAAAGAAGCAACACGAAGCUUCUAAUCAAAUUGAGCCGCGAGAUAUUUUAUCUCUGGAACAACAUUGGGAUGGGAUUUUCCCUCCUCGACCUCCAAAACCAGAAGACCUAGUCUUUACUGUUGAAGAUGAGGUUAGCCCUGCAGACCAUGAGGAUUGUGUUGUCGCAGAUACAAUGGAUGAUGUUGAAUCUGCUCCUCAAUAA